AUGCUGAGGUUUGGCAUCGCUAAUCCCACUGAUGAUUUCGAAAUAGUAACAAAAGUCCCAAAGUCCUCUCGUAAAAGACAUAAAACUUUGAUUAAAAGUGGGAAGACCGGGAAGAAAAAAUGCAAAAACAAGACUGAUGAGGAUGAUCAAGUUUUGAAGCCUGCAUGGACUGAUGACGAUGAUAUUUCUCCACAAAUAUCAAUCCGGCCUCCACGGGCCUUAGACGUGUUUGCAAAAUUAGAUCAACUUAAGAACGUGAAAUCAGUUGGCUCCGAUGAUGAAGGGGACUGUGUUUACGCUCGCAAAUCUGCUGCAUGUGUUGAGAAAAUCUCUGAAAUACUUUCUUACGGAAAACAAAUAGGCGUUAAAAGACUUAGUGAUGUCAAUCGUGAGAGAAGAUCAAUGGCUUCGAUUGUAUCGACUGAGUUCAAUACACACCACCGUAUGCUUUUAACUGCAAGCGUAGACAGUACUAUGGCGUUUUUCAAGGUUGAUGGCUCGGAAAAUGCCCUACUGCGUGAUCGUGUGUAUGAAAACUUUUCUCUUUCCUCAGCUAAGUUCACAGCUUGCGGUGAUAAAGUUAUUUUCACUGGGAAUGUUGGUUCUUUUCGUAUUUAUAAUUUAGAAACUGGGAGUGAAAGUCGUGCAAGACGAUUUAUUGGUUCAUCGAUAGACGAAACAAUUACUAAAUGUUUUAUUUCACCAGCUCAUCCAAAUUUGGUAGCCCUGGGAACCAACGGAAGUGCUGUGUAUCUGGCCGAUUUACGAAGCUUAGAAAAAAUUUCAGUUAUGAGAGCAAGUGGUAUAACCAAUUCGAUUUGUUUCACUCAAGAUGGAACAUUUUUGAAUACUUAUGGCGCUGAAGGUUCUAUCUAUGUAUUUGACCUACGAGUUAAUAAAGCUAGAAUUAUUCAUCGUUGGUUUGAUCAAGCCAGUACAAAUGGUUUAUCUAUCUCUUCUUCACCCAAUUCACAAUGGAUUGCUUGUGGGGCAGAUAGCGGUUAUGUGAAUGUUUACAAAUGGUCAUCUACGAUGAAUACAGAGAAUCCACUACCUGAUAAAGCUAUUGGUAAUUUGGUUACCGGUGUUAAUUCGCUUUGUUUUCACCCCUCUAACGAAAUUCUUUGUCUGGCUUCUUCACAACGUCCGGAUGCUAUCCGACUUUAUGAUGUAAACGAAAGUAUAAUUUUUGAAAACUUUCCCGCUGGUGUUGGUACUUUGAACAAACCCACAUCAAUUGGAUUUAGUCCCGGUGGGCGAUUUCUUUGUGUUGGACAAAGUAAUGGUCGCGCUGCUCUUUAUGCUUUGAGUCAUUACAACGACUAUUGA